GGUCAAUAUUGCUCCCUUGAUAACCUGUCUCUUAUUACAUCAAGUUUGAUCAUUACAACCACCCUGCCCAUGUACAUUUCGUUGCAUCAUUGACGAAUCUGCGACAACUUUAGUACACCAUGGUGAGCCGCCCAGGUCGUCCGGCCCCACCGCCGCCGCCGGACCAUACGUCCCAACAGGCACCACGUAUCGAAGUGACAGCAACGAAUAUCAGUGUGUUUGGCUACCCGUCUAGCGGAGAGCCUGUAAUAGCUCUUGAGGAUGUUUCAGUCGCAGACAUUGAUUAUCUCCAACUGGACCGCUUGAAGAUUCCCAAGUAUCGUCUGCAGGACCAGGGCGCCGAGGACAACUUCUGCCGCCGCCUUUUACAUCUUGGUGGACGGCGAUGGCCCACGCUCGACCGUUUCCGCCUUCUCCUGGAUGCUAUCGCGGGCAACGACGUUGUAAUCGAGUGGAUUCUAGAUGGUACAGAGCCUUGUCCUUCUUCCGCUGAACGUCGUUGGAUCUCGGUAGCGCGGCCCUCAGGAGGAGGUGUAUGUGUGGCAGAUGUACCGAGAUGGAUUCCCGAAGUGGUGGAUGGAGGCGAAGUUUCCGUUGAAGAAAAUGCAAUGCUUGAACGCAGGGCGUUAUUGAAGCUCGCAGUUGACAUGGACGAGAAGGCCAGGUUGUUGGUAGACGAGUUCAAGGGUAAACACUAUGAAAAGGCGAAUGCAUAUGAUGGAGGAACAUUGACAAAAGAUGACUUAUGUUGA